AUGCAGAAAUGUUGGCAGGCAGAACCAGGUGAUCGUCCCAGUUUUGAAGACCUUGUACAAAUCUUGCAGCCACUGGCAGCCAGUGAAGAGUUAUAUGUAGAUGUAUCAGACUUCAGAGAGGACGUGUAUGUCAACACUGCGGAGAUUGGACAGGUGCUUUCUUUUCGCGUCACAAAAUCCGGACAGACUUAUAUCAGAGCAGGAUCACAAACCACGUUGACAUGUCAGUGGACACCACCACAUGGAAUUGGUCCUCUGAGAGUAAUCUGGAGACGGGGUUCUACAGUGAUAGCAAGUGCUGCCACACCUAGCUACACACCACAGUAUCCUGACACUAGUAUGAAGGGCCGUGUGACACUGGGCAAACUAACCUCCUCAAGUCGCAGUACAUCAAUAACAUUAACAGGAUUACAGUGUCCAGGUGAUAUUGCAGAAUAUGCAUGUGAUGUUACUCUCUAUUUUCUACUAGAUGAUAGGGGAACAGCAAGUUUCAACGUCAUGCUCUUUGAUUUCCUGGGAAACAACAUCGUGAUGACAUCCUCGUCAAGUCAGCUACAAGCAGACCAGCAUGCUUCCCUGACUUGUACAGCCAGUAAUAUUGGGCGACCACCAGGCAUCAUGAAGUGGUACAAAGGCUCUCAAGAAAUCACCACUGGAUUUACUCAGCAGACAAGUAUCAAUAGUGAUGGUUGUACCUAUAAUGGAGUUAGUAGUCUGAGUAUUACACCGACAUACCUGGAUAAUGGAGUUAUGUAUACAUGUGUUGUUGAGCCAAACUCUACAGUGCCUGGAGACUCCUCAAAGCAAGGAAGGUAUACACUGGAUGUACAAUACCCAGUGCGACAGGGGCCAACGGUGACAUCAUCCACUGGUACAUGGACAGUUGAGCAGGGAACAACAUUUACUCUCAACUGUCAGGCAAGCGGCAAUCCAAGUCCAAGCUAUGUGUGGACCAGUCCAGAUAAUACCAACUCUACUGGCUCUCAGCUUAUACUGACACUGACUAAUACUGGAACCUUUUUGUAUACUUGCUUUGCCACCAAUAGUUUGACGACAUCACCAUUUCCAACACCUGUCAGAGUGACGGUACAAGAGAAAAUUACUACAACAACAACAACAUCCACGACAACAUCAAGGACAACAUCAACGACACCAGUAGCAGUAGCAUCGUCAGCAACUGACACACUUACAGGAGGCGAGGUUUUACAUAGCACAGGCGUGUUGGCUGGCGCAGUUGUGGCAUCGGUGAUAAUAACACUUGUAGUCGCGGUUGCUUUAUUUGUUCUGUAUCAUAGAGGCAUUCUGCAUAGAUUUUGGAAGAAUAGACAAUCUGCAGACACUUUUGAAGUGGAUGUUACGGAAGGCAACAAUGAAUACGCCGUGCUAGAAAGAAAACCAGAUGUUAAUGAGCCGGAUCACACUUACGCAGCACUUCAGGAAAGAUGACGUCAUUCAAUACACGACCAGGAAAAUGAGGAGAAGGGCGUAGAACAGUAAUCAAACGCGACAUGUACAUCAUCUUCACUGGACCAAAGAAUGUCGAUACCUCGGCCGGACAGUGAACAGAAUUAGAUAGAAAAAUAAUUUAUCAGAUUUCAAAACGCUGAUGUUAACAGCUGACAUUAAAACGGUGUCCAGUCUGUCAAAACUACCAAGCUACCAAAACAACGAAAAGACAACGUAUUUUGAUAAUGAUUUUGUCGAAAACUAGAACUGUUUAUAUGAGUUCAAACGCUAAAAAGAGCCCUGGUCCGACCAAUGUUCAGUCAAAAUUAUUUCGGAGGCUGCCUGUUCUUAAUUUGUGUGAGAAAGAAAUUAUAUUUACGGUAAAAUAGCUGUAGGUAUUAUCACUCACAUUUUAAGCUUCGCUUUCAUAUUAUUUAUUUCAUGACAUUAUCGAGGGUUAUAUUAAACAAAGACAGUGCCGAGUGUACUACAGAGAAAAGGAGACAGUGAAAGAUACACUUCCUCCAUAGCCUCUAUGAUUUUGUCAAGCUUAAGCUUUUGACAAAAUUUUAAAAUCGUAAACUGGUAGGCCGUAUCGUUAUGGUAGAUAACAUUGCACAUUCCCCGUGAAGACAUUGUUCGGUGCACGUGUGGUAAUUGUACGUUCGGUGGACUUGCCGUUGAACUUAAUGUUGGUCUCUUUCCCUUAAAAUUUAGUGUUAGGGCGCAUUCCCAUAGAUUUUAGAUCGAUCUAUCCCCGUGGGGAGUCUCACUAGAUUGUUGUCAGAUAA